CGGCAUCGUACCGUACCGUACGGUAGGGUACGGUACCGUACCACAGACCCCAGAAGAAACAAACGAGCCAGAAGAGCCAGCAGAGAAGAGAAGAAAGCCAUCAUGGACGCGACCGAGCAACUCCCCAGGGGGCAGCAGCUGCUGCUCCAGAGAAUGAUCGCGAACCACUCCCUCCCGGACGGUGAGGCCAGGGCGAUCUUUGCGUCGCUGCACGGGGGGGACUACGGGACGGACGACGAGGAAAACGGCGGCGGCCCGAUCAUGGGGGAGGGGAUCGAGACCCUGGAGGCCGCCUUUGUGAGCAUCAACCGGCAGCUGAGGCCCGGAUUUGGCCUGGAAAUCAUCACCAUGGUCGACACGAGCACGAGCGGCAGCGGGGGAGCGACGCACUACCACGCGGUGGUCAACACGGCGGCGGACGAGGUGGCCAAGAGCGAGACGGUCUUUUCCCGUUCGUGGAACGUGCACGAGCGGGCCUUUGUGCGGCUGGUGGUCCGGGCCCUGGUCGAGAGGAGCAACCGGGGGGGCAGCAACGACAACGACGACGACGAGGAGGAGGAAGAAGAGCCAGACGACGACGACGAGGAAGAAAACGAAGACGAAGACGAAAACAAAGACAACAACGGGAAGAAGCAAAAAAGCAGGGAACCACAAUCCCCCGGCAUCCAGAGGGCGGACCUCAUCAACCUCCGGUCGGACCUGGAGGGGGGCUGCAAGCUCACCCUCGACCAGGCCACGCGCGUGGUGGGCGUCCUGCUGGAGGAAAAGUGGCUCCGGGUCGCCCCUUGCACCGGGGCCGACCGCCGGGGCUCGGUGAGGGCCCUUCUCGAGCUGGCGCCCCGGAGCUACCUCGAGCUCUACCACUACGUGACGGCUCUGGGGAUGGAGGCGGACAAGCUCCCGCAGUUCUUGUACCACCGGGCAUAGGAAGGGCUGGCAGGGGCGGGACGGAAAGGAAAGGAAAGCAAAGCAAAGAAAAUCGAAUCGAAAGCAAAGCAAAGCAAAAGGGGAACCAAAACCGGAGCACGAACAAGCAUUGGCGGGGGUGCCUGCCAGCCUGCCACCGAAUAGUGUAGCCUCUGCGUACUCGUAGUAUGUAAUCACGAAUGGAGAAUUCUGCAGUAGCACCACUGUUUGUGUCAAAGAUAGUAGGAGCACUUCGCAGUCAUCACUCCUGCUAGUGGUCGUACCGGUAGCAGGAUUCUCAUUGACAGUGGAAUGGAACCAAGAUCGCGCAUUAUUUGAAAAUGUACGGUAGUAGCAUUGGCCUUUCGCCUAAACGGCGCAUAAAAAAAUCAGUUCUCC